CAAGGUGAGAAAUCAGGAGGAAUUCUUCAUGUUUCCCGAACUUCAUGCAAGAGUCCAAGAAGCCACCUUUCCGGAAAUAACAACAACAUGGUUCAACCAGACAAGCAAGUACACUUCAAGCAGCGAAUACUGCACUCACGUCACGGGCAAAUUCAUAUGCAACAACAAUGCGUGCCAAAAUCAGGCGUGGACCAGCAAGAGGGUGUCUAUCGAGAUACGAGGAUAUCAAGGAAACGGAUACAACGCCACUGUGUACAACCAGAGGUGCAAGUCGUGCAACUGCCUAGGCGCCUUUGAGCUGGACGAAGAAUCCUACAUUGACCGGGUUUCGUACAGGAUCAAGAAGUGGGCGGGUGUGAAAAUGAAGCCGCCCCCUUACGAAGAGGCCGUAGACAAGAAGCCACAUGAGAGCCAGUUUUGUGAAGGGUGUAAGCGAGGCAAGUGUCAAGAGAGCGGUAAUUUUGGUUUUUACUAACGGCUCUCGUCCUGUCUUGUAUAAAUGAUAUUGUAACACUAGAUCC